AUGAUUCCCUGUGUGAAAUUGUGUAGGGGAUUUGGAUUUGGUUCAGCAUUUAGAAAAGCUGGGAGAAAAAUCAGAAGAGAAAACAUUUUGAAAAUGUGAGAUGUGAAAAAUGGAAUUUUGAAACAAAAAUUGUUUAUUAGGUCUAGCCAAUACACAAUCAACAUUUCAGUUUGAAAAGUUAAAUUUCCACAUUUUUCCAGAAAUUGGGAGCGUGGCGAUAUCACAUUUUUAUUCAAUGUAAAUGCGCCAAGUGGUGAACAAUUAGUUGUGAUGGACAAUAAAACAAAAGUAUUUCAACGUGGUCGAAGAGAAGAAUCAGAAGCUGAAGUUGAUGAAGAAGUUGAUGUUCUGAUGUCAACUGAUAUAAUCAAUGCAGCAAUGUCAACAAAAACAAUCAGUUUCAAACAAGCCUAUUCCGGAUGGGUAUUCAAACAUGCUCGCGAAGAACAAUUGGGUGAUUAUCCGGCGAAUUUCUAUUCUGUUGAAGGAAUGAAAUUGAUAACGAGAAAACGACGAGAACAUUUAACUAAUGAAGAUAUUAAGAAGAAUAAAACGAUGUUGACUAGUUUGACACAUGGUAAUGUUAUUCAAGAGGAUGAAUUUGCGAGUUUGCAACAUCGGAAGAGUUUGGCACCGCCUGGAAGAUUGCCAACAACUUGGGAAGAAUAUUCGGGAGCUGUGCCAGGUGCACCGCCACAAUUGGGAAGACCACAAAUUGUCAAGACGAAUGAGAAACAAUUCAAAGCACUUGUUGGAAUGGUAUGUUUUUUCGUGAUGUGCCGAUUUAUAAAAUUAAUAUUUUUUUUUGUUUCAGAGUGAAGAAUUUCCACUAUCCGUUGAUGUUUUGGUCGAUUUACUCGAAAUUGUUGCGCCCUUUAAACAUUUGGAUAAACUACGACGGUUUUGCUCGGCUCGAUUACCUCCAGGAUUUCCUGUCUGUGUUGGUAAGUUUUCUCUUUUCUGAUAAAAAUUAACUGAUUCGUAUCAUUCGUAUUACCGAAAAAUUAGUGAACAGAAAACAAUUAACAUAAAUUUUGAAACGUAUUUUUGAGAGGAAAAGUUCACUGUUUCAAAUUAUUUAUAAAUUUUUUGAAAGAUUUUUGAAAAUUAUGGCUAAAAUUUCACAAGAGAAAAAAGAAAAAUUUUCCUGUAAAAUUUAACUCGUUUUUUUUCUAGAAAUCCCACUACUUGCCACAAUUUCUGCAAAAGUAACAUUUCAAAAAUUCGAAUUUACCAACGGAAUAUCGGAUAAAAUUUUCCGGAUACCAGCUUCUUAUCGAGAAGAUCCAACAAGAUUCCCGGAUCUCUGA